GUCGGGUGUCCGCAAGCUCGGCGUGCGGGUUCCGAGUGGCUGCAGGCGGCCUGGGCUGCCGGGGCCGACGCCUGGGUGGCUGCCGCCGCCGCGCCUGCUGCGAGAUGGCGAUCCUGGGCACGGAAGGGUGAGAGCACCCGCCGGUGGAGGAGGCGCUGCUGCCUUGGCCGCCCGGCCGACAGCUUCGCGCCGGGAUUGUCUUCUCACCAGACUAUGAGCUCCUUGAAAGAAGGAAUCACAUCUUAUUCAUCUUUGUAUCCCCAGUGUCUAGGACAGUUCCUGAUACAUUAUUGAAGCUGAAUUUUGGGACAUGGCCACUGCUUCACCACGGUCUGAUACUAGUAAUAACCAUAGUGGAAGGUUACAGUUACAGGUAACUGUUUCUAGUGCCAAACUAAAAAGAAAAAAGAACUGGUUUGGAACAGCAACAUAUACAGAUGUAGUUGUAGAUGGAGAAAUUAAAAAAACAGCCAAAUCCAGUAGUUCUUCUAAUCCAAAAUGGGAUGAACAGCUAACUGUAAAUGUGACCCCACAGAGUACUUUGGAGUUUCGAGUUUGGAGCCAUCACACCUUAAAAGCAGAUGCUUUAUUAGGAAGAGCAACGAUAGAUUUGAAACAAGCUCUGUUAAAGCACAAUAGAAAAUUGGAAAAAGUGAAAGAACAAUUAAAACUUUCCUUGGAAAACAAGAAUGGCAUAGUGCAAACUGGUGAAUUGAUAGUUGUGCUUGAUGGAUUGGUGAUUGAGCAAGAAAAUCUAACAAACUGCAACUCAUCUCCAACUAUAGAAAUACAGCAAAAUGGUGAUGCCUUACAUGAAAAUGGAGAACCUGAUGCAAGGACAACUACCAGGUUGGCUGUUGAGAGUAGUAAUGGAGUAGAUAAUCACAUACCUACCAAUACUGUUGUCCAGAACUCAUGCUGUUCGUAUGUAGUUAAUGGAGACAACACACCUUCAUCUCCAUCUCAGGUUGCUGCCAGACCCAAAAAUACACCAGCUCCCAAAGCACUCACAUCUGAGCCUACUAAUGACACUGUUAAUCGAGAAUCAUCCUCACCUGCACCAACUGAUAAUGCUUCUGCCAUGAGUACUCAAUUAGCAUCUGAAGAAACCACCUUGACUUCAAAUUACACUAGCAGUACCAUUGAAGAUCCUCCUGAUCAAGAGAUACAAGAGAGUAUGGUUUCCUCAGAACACAGUGAAUGUGUUCCUUCUGUCAGUACAGAAUUGGGAUCUGAAGCUAGGAGCAUUUUAGACCCUGACUCCUCUAAUUCUGGAAAUAGUUCUGCUUUUGACAAAUUAAGGCAGCCAGAUGGGUGUGUGGAAUCUGUACGGCAGCAGUCUGGAAAUGCCAACACAGAAUCUUUGCCAUCAGGGUGGGAACAGAGAAAAGAUCCUCAUGGUAGAACGUAUUAUGUAGAUCAUAACACAAGAACUACUACCUGGGAGAGACCACAACCUUUACCUCCAGGUUGGGAAAGAAGAGUUGAUGAUCGUGGAAGAGUUUAUUAUGUGGAUCAUAACACCAGAACAACAACAUGGCAGCGGCCUACCAUGGAGUCUGUUCGAAAUUUUGAACAGUGGCAAUCUCAGCGGAACCAAUUGCAGGGAGCUAUGCAACAGUUUAAUCAACGAUACCUCUAUUCGGCUUCAAUGUUAGCUGCAGAAAAUGACCCAUAUGGACCUUUGCCACCAGGCUGGGAAAAAAGAGUGGAUUCAACAGACAGGGUUUAUUUUGUGAAUCAUAAUACAAAAACAACUCAAUGGGAAGACCCCAGAACUCAAGGCUUACAGAAUGAAGAACCUCUACCAGAAGGCUGGGAAAUUAGAUAUACCAGGGAAGGUGUUAGGUACUUUGUGGAUCAUAACACAAGAACAACAACAUUCAAAGAUCCUCGAAAUGGGAAAUCAUCUGUAACAAAAGGUGGUCCACAAAUUGCUUAUGAGCGCAGCUUUAGGUGGAAACUUGCUCACUUUCGUUAUUUGUGCCAGUCUAAUGCACUACCCAGUCAUGUAAAGAUCAAUGUGUCCCGGCAGACAUUAUUUGAAGAUUCCUUCCAACAGAUUAUGGCAUUAAAACCCUAUGACUUGAGGAGGCGAUUAUAUGUAAUAUUUAGAGGAGAAGAAGGACUUGAUUAUGGUGGUUUAGCAAGAGAAUGGUUUUUCUUGCUCUCACAUGAAGUUUUGAACCCAAUGUAUUGCUUAUUUGAGUAUGCAGGCAAAAACAACUAUUGUCUGCAGAUAAAUCCAGCAUCAACUAUUAAUCCGGACCAUCUUUCAUAUUUCUGUUUCAUCGGUCGCUUUAUUGCAAUGGCACUAUUUCAUGGAAAGUUUAUCGAUACCGGGUUUUCUUUACCAUUCUACAAGCGUAUGCUGAGUAAAAAACUUACUAUUAAGGAUUUGGAAUCUAUUGAUACUGAAUUUUAUAACUCCCUUAUCUGGAUAAGAGACAACAACAUAGAAGAAUGUGGCUUAGAAAUGUAUUUUUCUGUUGACAUGGAAAUUUUAGGGAAAGUUACUUCACAUGACCUAAAGAUGGGAGGUUCCAAUAUCCUGGUGACCGAGGAGAACAAAGAUGAAUAUAUUGGUUUAAUGACAGAGUGGCGUUUUUCUCGAGGAGUACAAGAACAAACCAAAGCUUUCCUUGAUGGUUUUAAUGAAGUUGUUCCCCUUCAGUGGCUACAGUACUUUGAUGAAAAAGAAUUGGAGGUUAUGUUGUGUGGCAUGCAGGAGGUUGACUUAGCAGAUUGGCAGAGAAAUACUGUUUAUCGACAUUAUACACGAAACAGCAAGCAAAUAAUUUGGUUUUGGCAGUUUGUGAAAGAAACAGACAAUGAAGUAAGAAUGCGACUACUGCAGUUUGUCACUGGAACCUGCCGCUUACCACUAGGAGGAUUUGCUGAGCUCAUGGGAAGUAAUGGGCCUCAAAAAUUUUGUAUUGAAAAAGUUGGAAAAGAUACCUGGUUACCAAGAAGCCAUACAUGUUUUAAUCGCUUGGAUCUACCACCAUAUAAGAGUUAUGAACAACUAAAGGAAAAACUUCUUUUUGCAAUAGAAGAGACAGAGGGCUUUGGACAAGAAUGAAUGUGGCUUCUUAUCUUGGAGGAGCUCUUGCAUUUAAAUACCCCAGCCAAGAAAAAUUGCACAGAUGUGUAUAUAAGCUGUUCAUUCUGUACAGUGAAUUUUCUGAACCUCAAAAGUAUAAAUGUUUUCCGUUCUUCCACAGAAAUAUGCAAAAGUUCAUCAUUUUCUACUUUAUUUAUUGUUCCCUUGAAAUGACUGACCAGGAAAAAGAUCAUCAUUAAAUUUUGAAGCAAGCAAGAGACUUUAUUAAAUAUAAGAAGUAUAUUAUCUAUAUAAGCAUAUAUGAUAGUGGCUCUAGUUCUAUAGAGCCCCAAGUGUAUUAAACAUGACAGCUGUUCAUUCACAAAGAUCUGAAUUUGCUUUACCUUGUUUCUAUUAUCCAGGGGAAAAGUGCAAAUUGCUCCAUGUUCUCCCUUAUGUAACAUCUCCUGAGGGUGUUUUAGUUGCAUGGCUGUUCAGGAAGGUAUUAAGGGCUUAGGCCAAAUCUUACUUUGAGUAUAUAAAAAAAUGCUGCUGGCUUUUUUGAAGACAGGUGCUUGAACUUGUCACUUUGUUUUAAAAUAAAUACAAUAGUUGAAAAAAUUUCCACUCUUUGCUUACAUACAUCAGUAAUAUAUUGAGUGAAACCAUAACUUACAUAGAAGUCACGUACUAGAUCCAAUAACAUUUAGUUUGUUACAGAGAUUGGAAAAAAUUCAUUGAGCAGCAUAGAGAUUUGUUUACAUGUUAUUUUGAGAUGCUAGGUAUUUGUGAAAUUAAAAGAAUCAGCCACUUACGUAACUUCUGUUUUAUAAAUCUUUGAUGUUCAAAUUUAAUAAUAAACUAAUGCAGCUUGAUACUGAGGAACAUAUAAAAAGGUAACUUGAACUUUGGCACUUUUGUGUUGAAAGUUUUGGUUUUGUAAAACCAGAGGCAUUGAAUAAAACCGGAUGCAUUGAAAAGUUACAUAAACAUUUGAACACUCAAAUAGGUGAAUAAUGAUUUUUUAUUAGUGUUUGAAUAUCUUCAUUGCUCUCAAAUUCAUGAAAGUUCUAUAUCUGAAUUACAAUAAGCAUGUAAAAAUCUUUUCACUCAGGAGGACAUUUACUUAACUACAAAAAUACAAAUUCCAAUGUUAAUACUGCUUUUAGCAAACUGGGCUUCCUAAUAAAAUCAAAAAAUUUUCAA